GGUCAUCCUAGUACCAACCUAAUUGGGCUGUUGGGAGGAAUCAGGAGGUGGCAAAUGAGGAAAGCGCUCUGCACACAGUAGGCGGUCAGUAAAUGACCAGUCACCUUCCCCAACCUCCUCCUCAGAGGGGCUCUGCCAGGAAAAUAGUAAAUAUAAUGACCCAGGCACUUGGUUAGCAGAGUGCCUGCCUGUUCGUGUGUGCUCAAAACGGGAUAGCCAGAAUUUAUAGGAUUAGGUCAUUUAGUCCUCUAUCGACCAUAUUAAGUGGAAGUACUAGAAACGUUCCCUGCUAUACGGAUGAGGAAUCAAGGCUCAGAGAGGUCAAGCCUUUUGCACAGGGCUACACAGCGAGUAAUGAUCAGAGCUGCGAUUAGAGCCUGGCCUUCAGUGCAGGGCCAUUCAAGUACUGAAGGGCAUACAGGAGCCUCUCUGUGGCUCCUGGGACCAUGGGCCUCGGGCCCUGAGGACGCGGGGCUCCCUGUGGCCAUGACGACGGGUGACUGCUGUCACCUCCCUGGCUCCCUGUGCGACUGCUCCGACAGCCCCGCCUUCUCCAAGGUCGUGGAGGCCACGGGCCUUGGGCCACCCCAGUAUGUGGCACAGGUGACUUCAAGGGACGGCCGGCUCCUCUCAACUGUCAUCCGGGCCUUGGACACACCGAGAGGAGACCCUGAUUCCUGGGGGCGCAUGGCACCCCAAGUGGGGCAGAAAGUUCUGGACCCUGAAACCUUCAGAGGACAAAGAGGAAGGCCCAGGAGCGAUGGUCCAUUCUGCAGGAUCUGCCAUGAGGGAGCGAACGGGGAGAGCUUGCUGUCUCCAUGUGGUUGCACCGGCACACUGGGCGCUGUGCACAAGAGCUGUCUGGAGAGAUGGCUUUCCUCAUCCAAUACCAGCUACUGCGAGCUGUGCCACACGGAGUUUGCAGUGGAGAAGAGGCCCCGGCCCCUCACAGAGUGGCUGAAGGACCCAGGGCCUCGGACAGAGAAGAGGACACUGUGCUGCGACAUGGUGUGCUUCCUGUUCAUCACGCCUCUGGCCGCGAUCUCAGGCUGGCUGUGCCUGCGUGGGGCCCAGGACCACCUCAGGCUCCAUAGCCGGCUGGAGGCGGUGGGGCUCAUCGCCCUCACCAUUGCUCUCUUUACCAUCUACGUCCUCUGGACGCUGGUCUCAUUCCGCUACCAUUGCCAGCUGUACUCCGAGUGGAGGAGGACCAACCAGAAAGUGCGCCUGAAGAUCCGGGCCACCGAUGGCCCCGAAGGCACCCAGCACUCCCCUCUGGCAGCUGGGCUCCUGAAGAAGGUGGCAGAGGAGACGCCUGUGUGAAGGCCGGGCUGGCAGGGCCAGAGGCAGCUGGCGAUGCCCUGGUGUUUGGAAGGACAGAAACUGCCCGACACUUCCGCACAGCUGGAAUGCUUCUUAGGCCAAGAGAUGCCAAAGUGGAGCUGAUUCCGUGAUUCCCGUGUGAAGCUAUUCUCAGAUCGUUUUGCACACUCUUACACACGAGGAGAACAGACGGAUGUGGUCCCGAGCUUCGGAUGGAGCAGGCACCCUGAUCUCAUUCUGAGGUCUACCUGGCCCCUCCUGGGCCAGCAGCCAUGGCCAGAGGCGAGUCGCGGGCACCCGUCGAGCUGGGAGGUUCCGCAAGCUUCUUGCACUUUUCUGCACCUGGCAGGCUCACAUUCCCGGCACCCUCAACUUUAUAAAGUUGCACCGUGUUUCAAAACCCACCCCCCUACCCCACCCCACCCCCAAUGAAUAAAAGGAGCCCUUGCUGGACAAAACGGACCUGUCAGUCACGUUUCUGAGGCCUCAAAGUGAGGGCACGGGGACCGAGGGGAGUCAGGACCACACAGAGGUAACAGCAGCAACAACCAAUGCUCUCGGCUGGUUUGAGGGAUCACAGGGCUAGAAGCAAAGUGCGAGUUUUCAAGUGAAGAGCAGGUAGCAAGGCUAUGUAUUAAAUGAUUUAAAAUAAAUAUACAUAAGAA